AUGGUUGAUCCAUUUUCUAAAUACUGUUGGACUGCUUCUUUGUUUAAAAAGAGCGCCAAGGCUGUUAGUAAUACGUUUAGGAUCGCGUUCGGUACUUUUGACUCUCCUUUUAUACUUUAUAUAGACAAUGGUAAAGAAUUUUGCAAUACCGGUGUAUCAGAUAUAUGUAAUGAAUUUAAUAUUAGGCAUGUUAAAGGUAGAGAAAGAUGUCCCCGGAUUCAAGGCCAGGUAGAGCGAUGCAAUCAAGCCCUUAAAUACAUGAUAAGAUCUACUUUGCGUACAAAAGGUAUGGUGGGUAGAUGGACAGAAGUUAGAGAGCGCAUCACAUAUUCAUACAAUAAUCUUAGGCAUUCUACUACUGCACAGAUACCGACAAAUCUGGUUUUUGGUAGACCAAUUUAUGGAAUUAUAAACCUGGAGAAAGCCAACGAAUUGUAUAAUUUUUCAGAAAAUGAAAUAGAAAUUUUAGACCAUGGGAAUGCUGCAGAAGUUGAACCACUGCCAAUUUUAGAUGAAGAAGCGGAUUUACCUGAUAUUUAUCGGCACAUACUAUCUCUUAAUGAACAAAACGAAAGUAAUACGAAUAAUUUAAGGCCUAUAGCUCGUGAAUCUAUUCACAGAGCUGCAGAAAGAAUAAUAAGAAACGUUGGGUGGCGAUAUGAUCGUUUUUAUUUUGAAAUUGGAGAUCGUGUAAUGAUAAGACCAAGUCUUGA